AUGGCAGGAAAAAUAGCAAAGCAGUUAGCUGGAAGUGGCACUGGACAAAGUUUUAUGGAUAGAGUUACACAGGCCAAGUACAGUUUGGCUGGGUCGGCACUUGGCAAGGUUGUUGCAAAGGCGUCAACAGAAGAAUUAAUUGCCCCAAAAAAGAAACACUUGGAAAACUUGACAAAGUGUAGCAAUGAGCCAAAUGUAUCGAUACCCUUACUUAUUAACUUUUUAUCCGAGAGAGCGCAUGAAAAAUCGUGGGUUGUUGUAUUCAAGGCGCUUAUUACAACUCAUCAUUUGCUGAAUUAUGGAAAUGAGAAAGUAUCACAGUAUAUGGCAUCCAAUAAUUGCAGCUUCCAUCUCCCUCACUUCAACGACAAAUCGAGCUCACAAUCUUACGAGAUGUCUCUAUUCAUUCGAAAGUACUCGAAAUAUUUAGCGGAGAAGACAAAGUCUUAUCAACUGAUGGCUUUUGAUUUCUGUAAGGUUAAACGUGGGAAGGAUGACGGAGUAAUGCGUACAAUGCCAGCAAAUAAGCUAUUGAAGGCACUUCCAGUCCUUCGAGAUCAGCUCAACGUCUUGUUUGAAUUUGAGGCGACCGAAAAAGAUCUUAACAAUCUCAUCAUCAAUGCUGCCUUUAUUCUUCUGUACAAAGACCUCAUACGCUUGUUUGCUUCCUAUAAUGAAGGAAUGAUGAACCUUGUUGAAAAAUUCUUCUCAAUGAAGCGAUCGCAUUGCCGGACAGCUCUUGAACUUUAUCGAGAUUUUCCAAACAUCAUGACGAAAGUCGACGAAUUUUUGACAGUCGCUGAAAGGCUUGGAAUCGGUGACAAGGAAGCAAUGGGCUUACAUCCAGUCCCUCCACAAAUACUGGAAGCCAUGGAACAACACCUUGCUUUGUUAAAUAAGACGAAGAAGCCUGGGUUAGUGCCCAAAAUUUUUCCUAAUGGUGUUAUGCGUUGGGCACCAAUGCAGAAACUUGACGACGAUCAUGACGAUGCUGAUGGCAAAGAGGAGGAGGACGUAGGAAAGAAUUCGACGAAGAAGCCUCUGUCCACGGCUAAAAUUGCAGCGUCGCCCGCCCGCCCAAAGUCGCCGUCAAAGCAUGUCUCCGCCUCCCCAUCUCGUCCGACCUCCUCUCCCGCUGGUGAAGCGAAGGCGACACCAAGCGAAGCCUUACUAAUUGCUGAUCUCAACACGCUUCCAGUUGACGAGGACAACUCCAGUGGAAAUCUCCCGAGCAACCAUAUUAAGGCUCCUCCCACGGAAGUAAUUGUCACCAACCCCGAUGGCGAAAGCACAGAACCGGUGGAGGAUGACGGCGUUUGUCAGCAAGUCAUUGAAGCCGAGGAAGAAGAGGAGGAGAGUGAAGAGAAUGAAAAGGACGAGGCUGAUGAAGCCGAAGGUCUCUCAGCUGAACAGCAACAAGCCGUCAUUGCGGCCGCAGCCCAGCACUUCGCGCACUCCUCCGAACUCACCAACCAGGCUGUCAAACAGUCUGUUAUGCUUACCCCGAGGCAAACACGCAAAACCCAGCAUGAAACAGGUGGAGCUGACCGAAGCCCCUCGUCAACGAGGUCUCGCAGUCCCUCUCCGGUCCGACCCCCACCACCCCGAAGUCCGUCACCUGUUCGCCCAGCCUCACCCCGUUCCGGCCGGUCGACGCCCCUCCACGAAACCCCGGAUUCCGACACUGCCACAGGGUUUGCGGACUUUAGCGGGUGCGUUGAUGAGUCCUCCUGUGGUCGCUUGCACUGGGACGUUCGCGUGGGCUUUUCUGGCGCGGGCAGAGCGACGCGAUUAAAACGCGCCUGCCAGGGUCUGAAAGGGGCUUUUGCGCUUGGCAGCGAACGCGCGUCUAUCGAUCGACCAGCCAAUCGCAAUCGUGGGCGAAUUCACUCACCUUCGCACCGCACGCUGCCAAUGUCUUAUCUGCCGAAGAAUCGAACGUGGGCCAAACACGUGAAGCUGAAGGCGAGUCGCGUAACAAAGCGUUGUCUCAUUCUUAACCCAACUGCGGAUGUGGAUAUCGACGACUUGCUUGGAUUCGGUGACGAGGUUCCCGUUAGUCAGGUAAAACCAACCGUUCAGGCCAUGUCGGCUCCUUUACAGGCCACCCAGCCGCCUGCGGUUCAGUCAAAACCCCACUCAGCCCUUGACGACCUGCUCUCGCUGGAUCCGCUCAUGGAUGGGGGAUCAAAUUCGACGCCACUCACCGGCACUGCGACGCCGUCGACUAAAUUUGACCCUUCAGGUUUGCCCGCAGGUAACAACUGUGGAAUUUGUGAUCUCUGCGCGUGUUUGGUAGGUCUAAAACCUGCGCCCACCGACGUGCUGAUUCGGCCCGCAGUGGUGGACAAGGGCGCCGCGAAGAACGCGAACCCACUCGACCAACUCGACACAACUCUCGCUAGUCUGGCUUCCAGUCUUGGAAGCAGAACGUCGGACUGGGGCAGCGCUUCCGCCAAGGUGAGUCCGAACGACCUUCGCUCGUACUUCCCACCGCUUAAGCAACCUCCUCAGCCCCCAGAUUUUGAAUUGUGGGGCUGGAUUAGAAGAGUGCAUACAGUGAUUUGA